CUGUGUGUGGUGAAAUUGGUGUUGGGAGUCAGAGGAGCUUAAAGCACCAAUGAGCCAAGACUGAAAACUCCAAAAGAACCUUAUGUUAAGAAAAAUCACGCUAAUGAGUUGUAGAGUUUGGAGAUUUCUCUAAGACUUAAAUAAGAUAAAAAGUGUGCUUAUAAAAAAAAAAAGUGUCUAUUUGUUUCAAGCUUGAGUCCAGCCUUUUCUACCCGUGGGGUCUCAAGAGCUGUAAUGAGUACCUAGUACCUACUAGUGUGGGUGGGAGUAAGAAGUGCCUACCUGUUUCUCAAAAAGAGUGUUUUCUCAAAAAGUGUCACAUUACACGAAAGUCCACACCGCCAAACCCACAAUUCUCAAUCUGAAUUCUCGUUUCUCAGAACAAAGCCAAGCCACCGCUUGCUCGCUCCGCCACCACCACCGCCGCCGCGCAUCAUCGCCAGUUACUGACUCGUUAGCCCUCUAUUUCAUCCUUCUCUUAACAUCUCUGCUACCAUUCAAGGAUGAAGAAGCUACCUCCAUUAUCAUUCAUUUUGAUGCACGCUCCCAAGCUCAAGACACACCCAACCUUUAUCAUAAAUGGCUACCCAUUCCUUAGGACCAUGUCAACAUCCACGUCCAGUCUCCAUUCUGCAAUGAAGGACUGCAAUACAUCCAUCUCAAGGCUUUGCCAGGAAGGGAGAAUCGAUGAUGCACGCAAGCUGUUUGAUCGAAUGCCUGAACGGGACUUGCAUUUGUGGGGUACAAUGAUAAAUGGGUAUAUCAUGUGUGGCGUGAUUAAGGAAGCCAGGAAGCUGUUUGAUGGACCGGAUGCCAUGAAAGAUGUGGUUACUUGGACUGCGUUGGUUAACGGCUACGUCAAGCUCAAUCAGAUUGAGGAAGCUGAGAGGUUGUUUUAUGAGAUGCCAGAGAGAAAUGUUCGUUCUUGGAACACAAUGAUUGAUGGGUAUGCACGAAAUGGCCAAACCGAGAAGGCUUUGGAUUUGUUUAGGAGAAUGCCGGAGAGGAAUGUAGUUUCUUGGAAUACAAUCAUAAAGGCCCUGUCAGAGUGUGGGAGGAUUGAGGAUGCACAAUGGCAUUUUAAUCAGAUGCGGGAAAGGGAUGUGAAAUCUUGGACUACCAUGGUUGAUGGUUUGGCAAUAAAUGGGAGAGUUGAUGAUGCUCGAGAGCUUUUUGAUAGGAUGCCGGUUAGAAAUGUGGUUUCUUGGAAUGUGAUGAUUAAGGGUUAUGCUAAAAAUAGGAGGUUGGAUGAGGCUUUGGAGUUGUUUGAGAGGAUGCCUGAGAGAGACAUGCCUUCAUGGAAUACAUUGGUCACAGGGUUCAUUCAAAAUGGAGACUUAAACAGGGCAGAGAAGUUAUUUCAUGAAAUGCCACAAAAGAAUGUGAUCACUUGGACUGCGAUGAUGACAGGCUAUGUCCAACAUGGUCUAAGUGAAGAAGCAUUGAAAAUAUUUAACAAAUUGCAAGCUGAUCAUGCAUUAAAACCCAACACUGGCACUUUUGUGACCGUAUUAGGUGCUUGUAGUGACUUAGCUGGUCUAACCGAGGGCCAACAAAUUCAUCAAUUAAUAAGUAAAACAGUUUUUCAGGAGAGCACAUAUGUGGUGUCGGCGCUGAUAAAUAUGUACUCAAAAUGUGGGGAGCUACAUAUUGCUAGGAGGAUUUUUGAUGAAGGGUUAUUAAGGCAAAGGGAUUUGAUAUCUUGGAAUGGUAUGAUUGCCGCCUAUGCGCACCAUGGAUAUGGCAAAGAGGCAAUUAAUCUAUUUAAUAAAAUGCAAGAAUUGGGUUUCCAAGCUAAUGAUGUCACCUAUGUUGAACUUCUCACAGCUUGCAGUCAUGCUGGAUUAGUUGAGGAGGGGCUUCAGUACUUUGAUAGGCUUCUGAAAAACAGAUCUAUACAAGUCAGAGAAGAUCACUAUGCAUGUCUGGUUGAUCUUUGUGGUCGUGCAGGAAGACUAAAAGAAGCUUUCAAUAUAAUUGAGGGGCUUGGGGUAGACUUAUCAUUGUCUGUUUGGGGACCACUCCUUGCUGGCUGUAAUGUGCAUGGAAAUGCUGAUAUUGGCAAGCUUGUAGCUAAGAAAAUUUUGAAAAUUGAACCCGAAAAUGCAGGCACUUAUUCAUUACUCUCAAAUAUGUAUGCCUCAGUAGGGAAGUGGAAAGAAGCUGCCAAUGUAAGGAUGAAAAUGAAGGACAAGGGGUUAAAAAAACAGCCAGGCUGUAGCUGGGUUGAAGUUGGUAAUACAGUGCAAGUAUUUGUAGUUGGUGAUAAGUCCCAUUCUCAAUCGGAGUUGCUAGGAUAUUUACUACUUGAUCUACAUACAAAAAUGAAGAAGUCUAGGGACAGUCUAGAUGAUGAUUUAUCACUUGAUGUCGAACUUUAAUGGCAUAAUUCUGUGUUGGCCUGAGCGUGCAUUGUCCGUGGGAGUUGAAAUGUGUGAAAGUUUACUGCUGCUGGUACCUCAAACUUUUAACUUUCUAUGGCUGCAUUAUCUAAUUGUUAGGUGUAAUUUAGUCUCUCCUCUUCACAAAAAACUCAGUAACGUGCAAACUGUCAAUUAAAUUAUGUAAGAGGGAUUUAUUAGCUCAGUCUCACUAUGUUUUUGUUCAGGUCAUCAUUAACUUGUAGAAAACUGAAAGAGCAGUUGGCUAGUUGGCCAGCUUCACUGCAGUUGAUUGGAUAUUCUACGCAUCCAUGCUGUUUAUUGGCUUGCUAUGCUAAUGUCUGCUGGACUGUGCCUUCCCAAAAUGGUAUUUGAACAUGGAUUCUUGACAAAGCAAUGCUUAUUAUUUUGAUAAUGUUAAGAUGGCCUGAAGAUGGGAAAGUCACUUGGGAAUACGCUUGAACCAAAUGAUUCGGUAAAUAAAGUCGGGACCGAUGCAGUUAUGUACUUCUUCCUUAGAGAGGUGGAAUUUGUCAAUGAUGGGGACUAUUCAGAGGGACACUUCAUCAAUAUUGUAAAUGCACACCUUGCCAACACAAUCCGAAAUCUUCUUAAUUGUACACUAGGGCAUUUGAAAAAGAACUGCCCAUCAACUUUGGUGGUGGAUUCUACUACAGCUGCAGAAGGAAAUGCUUUCUAAGGACAAUGUAGAGAGGCUGGUUGAUAAAGCUCGUAUUCACUAUGAAAAUCUAUCCCUUUAAUCAGCUUGUGAGGUUGUAAUGGAAAUUGGUAAUAUUGGCAAUUCCUAUAUGGAUGAGCGUGCACCAUGGUCUCCCUUUAAGCAAGGGGGUGCUGCCUCUGAAGCAGCUGCCAAGGACAUUGUGAUUAUAUUAGAGACAGUGAGGAUUAUCGCAGUUGCACUAUUUCCUGUUUCCCCGAGCUUGAGUUGGAGAAUAUAUGCACAGCUUGGCUAUUCUAGGGACCAAUUUGAUGCAGCAACCUGGAGUGACACCAGAUGGGGUGGUCUUAAGGGUGGCCAGGUCAUGGCCCAACCUAAACCAGUGUUUGCUAGGAUUGAAAACCAAACUGAAGUGGAAGACAAAAGGGUUGCAGUGGGGAAAACUGUAUAAAGUAAAGGAAAGUUGAAACAAGCUCAAGAAGUCGCUGGAGCUUAGACAUUUUUCCCCAGAUCAGGAUCAUUUCAUGUCACAUGACAUUGUAUUAUGUAUCUUUGUGUCUCUCUUUCUCUUCAUAAAUAUUCAGAGGAUUCUAUUAUUUAUUAAUAGAUAUGUAGAGAGAGGUAAACAUAAAAUUUCAAUAUGUCAUUUGAAGUCUAUGAUCACUAUAUUCCUUUGUUUUA